AUGACGGACACCGCAGGCCUAAACAAAUAUAAAUUGGUGUUUUUAGGGGAGCAGGCGGUUGGUAAGACAUCCAUCAUUACGCGAUUUAUGUAUGAUACUUUUGAUAAUAAUUAUCAGGCAACAAUAGGAAUAGAUUUUUUAUCUAAAACCCUUUAUCUAGAGGAUAGGACAGUUCGUCUACAGCUAUGGGAUACAGCAGGACAAGAAAGAUUUCGUUCCUUAAUUCCUUCUUAUAUUAGGGAUAGUAGUGCUGCUGUUGUUGUUUAUGAUAUUAGUAAUCGGGCAUCGUUUAUGAAUACAACAAAAUGGAUUGAAGAUGUGAGGGCUGAGAGAGGCAAAGAUGUCGUCAUUGCUUUGGUUGGGAACAAGACGGACUUAAGCGACCGCCGCCAAGUGUCUCCAGAGGAGGGGGAGCAAAAGGCUCGCGAGCAAGGAAUAUUAUUUAUAGAGACAAGUGCUAAGGCUGGUCAUAACGCUGCUGCUCUUCCUGGUCUUGAGACCCAACAACCAGCAUCGGACGCCCAAACAACAGCAACAGCAGAUGCCGCCGUUGCAGCUGAUGUGAUGCAGCAGCAGCAGCAGCAGAUCGUCUCCUAUUGGGGAGAAGACUGGGGGAGUGUUGCUAUUUGCUCUGCUGCGCUGAGGGUUUGGAGAGCUGGGGUUUACGCAGCUAAGGAAGCAACUUCUAAACACGGGAAUGCCAUGGAGGAAGCUCUACAGCAGCAGCAGCAGCAACUGCUGCUGCUGCAGCGGCAGCAGCUGCUGCUCGAGGAGUUGCUGCAACAAUCCAGGCAGCAGCAGCAACAGCAGCAGCUGCAGCAGCAACAGCAGCAGCAGCUGCAGCACCAGCUCAGUCAAGGAAAGCUUUCGGUUGACGACUCUCCAGGACGUCGUGAAGCCCUGCAUCAGCAGAUGCAGCAACAGCAGCAGCAACAGCAGCAGCAACAGCUCAUGAUGCAACUCCUUGAUUCCCUGCAGCAGCAGCAACAACAACUGCAGCAGCAGCAGCAGCAGCAGCAGCAGGCAACACUGAAUCCUAUUUGGCUCAUCGUGUGUGUUUCUUUGGUCGAGCAGUGA